CCCCCCUGUGGGGCGAGCGACCGCCAGCUCCAGUAUGGGGACAAGUGAUUCCUGGAACUACCUGGCAACACUGGGAGUACACCAUCGAGCCUGGAGUGACCCCAUCUUUGUUGAGGGACUUAAUGUUUGCUGCCCUUUGAGGAAAAUUCCCUCUGUUGACUUGGAUGAGGAGGAAUUUCUGCAUUGCAGGGUUAAUGUAAUAAAAUGCAGUGCCAUGGGGUGUAAUAAAUCUUUCACAACAGUAGCUGAACAUGCAAGUCACCAGCGUGCCUGUCACACCCAUGUCUGUUCCAUGUGCAAGCAAUCUCUUCCAGCACAUCACCUACUUGACCUCCAUCUCUUAGAAGUUCAUGACACACUCUUUCAGCUUAUGGCAACAAGAAAGCCCAUGUAUCAGUGCUUCUUGGAAACUUGUUCUGAGAAGUUCAGCAGUCCUGCAGAGAGGAAGACUCACUGUAUAAGCAUACACAAGUACCCUAAAGACUUCCGCUUUGACAUGACAUGGAGGAAGUCAGAAAAGAGCAAAAAAAGAGGUGGAAUGAGCCAAAAGGAAGUACCGGUAGCUAUGGAUUGUGAAGCAACAGGUCCAGCAGAUACAAAUGCUCAAGAACAAACAUUACCUGAAAAUGUUGCAACCAAUGAAAAUAAUAUUAAUGCUGAUGUCAGUAACAGAAGAAAACUUACAAAUAAAAUCCCUAAUUGUGUAUCAUUUGGUGUUGGAGUUACUAGAGGAUUUGUUCGUGGGAAUCGAGGCAGAAGAGGACAUAAAAGAGGUGGUGGUACUCACUGGCACCAGAAGAUGCGUCCUGCUAACUCUGUCAAAACUAAUAUUGAAGAAGUUAGUAUGAAAGACUUAGAACAAGCACUAUGUACUGAAUAAUUGAUUCCCUGAUUGACAUUUUAUUUUUUGGAAAAGGUCGUUAAUAUUGAAAUUUAAAGUCAAAUUGUAAAAGAUUGCUGAGGAAGUAACUGUUAUAGUAGGAUAGACAAAACUGUGUGUAGAAUGCUAUCCCUAUUUUUGUUUAAUUAUGAUUUUUUUCACAUCUACUGUAUUUAUGUGAUACAACCCUAGAAAUUUUUCCAAAGGAUUGUUUAUUUUGCCUGAUAAUGAAACAAGUCAUGAUAGUAUUUAUAAGACUAUUGCUUAUAAUGCUGUUCAUUAGAAACUGGUCUGCUAUUAAUAGUAAGACUAAUUUCCCAUUCUCCAGUUUUCUGUGCUGGCAGAGUUUAUAAUUUAAUGUAGUUAAGCAGUUUUUCAUACAAGGUGACAAAAAAUAUUUUGUUUUCAUCUAAACAGUAAUAACUGAUGUUUGGACUGAACAGUAGGAACAGUAAACCCUCGAUAACUCGGCACAUUAGCCUUGCCAAGUUAUCCCAAAUUCCGACUUAUCGAGGCACUUCCCCCCCUCCUACAAAAAUACAACAAUGAAAAAUUAUUGAACCAUAUACUGCAUGUGUACAUGUAAUUACUAAAUGUAAAAAGAUAACUCUUACCAGCACUGCAGACAAAGAAUGAAGCAUCAUAGUAGCAUGACACAGAUGCAUAGUAGGUGACAGAGAUAUAGUAGGUGACACAAAGGCAAGGUAGGUGACAAGAGGCAUGGUAGGAGACGCAGGUGGCCAAAUAUGCCGAGAUUUUCCCAGAUAAUUUUAUAUAUCUCGGCAUUUCCCGAGUUAUACUAUACAGUAAUACAUUCCGAGACCACGUCCAUGUCGAGUUAUAUGAAAUUCCGAGUUAUCAAAUGCUGAGUUAUCGAGGGUUUACUGUAUGUGUAUUACUGCCUGAUACUGUAUAUGGGAAGUUGCCAGAUACGUUAGGAUGAUUUUACUGUACAUAUAUAGGAUGACUUUAUAUUGUAACUGUCUUCAGAAACUAAGAAAUGGUUUGUGGGUUAGUAUUGUAUUCAUAGUUGGAGGUCUUCCAAGAUUAUAGACAGUGCCAGAUUUAGGUCUGUGAGGGCCCUUUGUAGGCCAUAUUAUUUAAAGACGAAAGCGGAACCCGUUCCAACAUCCCCGACCUCUGAGCUAUAAUUAAAGAUUAUUUCGUCGCCCCCGGAAUGGUAUUGGAAAAUGUGGGGAUAAGUGCAGGGAGUGCAAGUGUACCCUGACCAAGAUCCCGCUUUGUAUUUUUGCACUAAUUCCAUGAAAUAUAAAUAUAGUAAAAUGAAAAGUUAUUCAAGAAAUAUGAAACUGAUGUAAGUGUACAAAAAAUAUGUGGAAUCCCUUAGCACUGUAUUGGGCAAUUUAUUGUUAUUAUUAUUAUUUUAUGAACACAAAUUUACCCUCCAGAAAUUGGGAAGAUGUAAACAUUGUUUGGCCACCACACCGUAAGCUGAUGGACAAUUCUGGAAAUGAUUUUAUUUUAAAUUGAAACCAACGAUGAAAUAUUGAACAUAUUUGUAUAUUAUAAUAAUUAUUAUAUGAUAGCUGGCAUGUUUUGAUGAUGUGCAGGAUGAAACAGAGUAUCUUAUUAAGCUUAAUGAACCUUAGCCAGAACAUGUCAAGAAUAAUGAUAACAUUUCCAAGGGCAAUUUUACAAACUGUUGGAGUUUCCAACUUGGUUAAAAGUAAUAAUAAUUAGAUGAUCAAUAAGACAAAUUCAGCAGCAAUUUAUGUGUAAAUACUAGUAGUUUUUGUUAUUAUUAUUAUUAUUAUUAUUACAGCAAGUCCCUGUUGAACAAAAGGGUUAGGUUCCAUUAAAACACUUUUGUUAGGUGGAUUACGUUCAUCAAAACCAUUUUUCUCCUUAUAAACUCAUGUAAAAGGGGGCAUGUGUUCCUGUACUAAGCUCUGUGAUAGAAUAAUAUACUGUACUAAGCUCUGUGACUAAUUGCAACACUUCAAAAUACCCGUACUGUAGAUAAAAAAAUAAAACGUGAAACAUAAA